AUGGGGGUGCGGAGCCUGGGGGUGCUGAGCCUGGGGGUGCGGAGCCUGGAGGUGCUGAGCCUGAGCGUGAGGAGCCUAGGGUUGCUGAGCCUGAGGGUGCAGAGCCUGGGGGUGCUGAGCCUGGGCGUGAGGAGUCUGGGGGUGCUGCACAUGGGGGCACUGAGGCGUCUGGUGAGCAGUCUCCCUGGAGCAGCCGUCUCCAUAGUCGCUCCACUGGUGCCUCGCCGCAGCACUCUCGUCGGCGUCUCCCUCUCUCCCCACAGCAGCUGCGUGAGUGGUACGUUAGCCGUCAGGGUCGCGCUGCUGGAGCUGGGGGCCCUGCUGCGGGAGGCGCUGGGGUUGGAGGCACUGGAGUUGACGUUGUCCCUCUCUCCUCACAGCAGCUGCGUGAGUGGUACGUUAGCCGUCAGGGUCGCGCUGCUGGAGCUGGUGACUCUGCUACUGGAGGCGCUUCUGCUGGAGUUACUGGAGCCACUGGCCCCGGAGGUGCUCGUACUGGAGGUACUGAAGCUGCAGGGGCUGGAGGUACUACUGGUUUUGGGGGUGCUGCCGCUAGAGACGAUGAGGCUGGAGACUCUGGGGCUGGAGGUGCCGGUUCUAGGGGUGCUGCUGGUGGUGGUGCUGGUCCUGGAGGUGCUUGCGCUGGAGGAUCUGGAGCUGCUGGAGGUGCUAGUGCUGGAGGUGCUGGCGCUGGAGGUUCUGGAGCUGCUGGCGGUGCUCGCGCUGGGGGCGCUGGAGCUACUGGUGCUGCUAGCGCUGGAGAUUCUGGAGCUGCUGGCGGUGCUGGUGCUGGAGGUGCUGGCGCUGGAGGUUCUGGAGCUGCUGGCGGUGCUCGCGCUGGGGGCGCUGGAGCUACUGGUGAUGCUGGUGCUGGAGGUUCUGGAGCUGCAGGCGGUGCUAGCGCUGGAGGUGCUGGCGCAGGAGGUUCUAGAGCUGCUGGAGGUGCUAGCGCUGGAGGUUCUGGAGGUGCUAACGGUGCUGGCGCUGGCGGUGCUGGUGCUGGAGGUGCUGGCGCUAAAGGUUCUGGAGCUGCUGGAGGUGCUGGCAAUAGAGGUUCUGGAGCUGCUGGCGGUGCUCGCGCUGGAGGCGCUGGAGCUACUGGUGUUGGUGGCAGUGCACAGCCGAGGUCUUGCUGAGCAUCGUGAGCCUGCGUCUCGUCCUGUCUCGCCUGUUUGCACUGUCCGCACUGGUCGUCGUGUUCCUCGUGAGUGUCCGCCGGCUGUCCCCGGCACACACCUCAUGGCCCUGCGUCCUUCCUCUGCUCCGCAGCGUGUUCCAUUGCCGUCCCUUCCUGCGUCUUCUCUGCCUGACGUUCCACACCCUGAGUCUGACAGCGCUCGUGCUGCUCACCCUACUGUCACGCGGCUGCUAGCCACUGUUGUCACUGACCCUUCGUUUGAGUCCACAGCUGCCUCUGCCUUAGUCGCUGAGCUUGUUGACUUUGCUGCUGCAUGUCGUCUAGACUACGCCGCUAGUCUUGUUGCUGAGACUGAGUCUGUCUGUCCUCCGUCUGUCGGGGGUGAGUGUGCUCUUGGCACGGACGUCCUUGAGGGCAGGCAGGAUGAGUUCCAGUGUUUUGCUGUUGCUUUACCUCAUCUCAUGUCCAUGCUGCUUGCCCGUGAGAUAGACCCGGAUGCACCAGACAUCCCGACCCCGUGCUCUUACGCAGAGGCGAUAGAGGGUCCCUACUCCUCUCACUGGCAGACAUCUAUGGACGCAGAGAUGGCUUCCUGGAAGUCCACAAGCCCUUACAUUAAUGAGGUUCCCCUACCUGGGGCGAACAUUGUCGAUGGCAUGUGGAUUUUCAGGGUGAAGCGGCCGCCGGGUUCUCCGCCUGUCUUCAAGGCGCGUUACGUUGCUCGAGGCUUCAGUCAGCGGCAGGGAGUUGACUACUUUCAUACCUUCUCUCCCACCCCGAAGAUGACCACUCUUCGGGUGCUGCUGCACAUAGCCGCUCAGCGCGACUACGAGCUUCACUCUCUUGACUUCAGCACAGCCUUCGUACAAGGCAGCCUGCACGAGGAGAUCUGGCUGUGCCGCCCACCUGGCUUCACUGGGUCGUUUCCUCCUGGUACCCAGUGGAGCCUCCGGCGGCCAGUCUACUGUCUCCGCCAAGCGCCCCGUGAGUGGCACGACACACUGAGGACUACGCUUGCGGCUCUUGGGUUUGCUCCUUCCACUGCUGACCCGUCGCUGUUUCUACGCACCGACAUUACUCUGCCGCCGUUCUACAUCCUCGUGUACGUCGACGACUUGGUCUUUGCUACUGCAGAAGAGACACAUGUGCACAGACUUGGGUGA